AUGCGUCCUCUUGGUCCUAGACCGUACUACAUACGAUCUAAUGGUGGUUUUCGUCCAAAUUCGUCUCGCGCAUAUUCUAAUAUGGCCAAAAUAGGAAAAGGAGCAGGGAUCUUGGACUUGAUUACAGAUAUAAUUGGAAACAUAUUUGCCUGUUUCUCGGCCGAUCCACAUACUGAAGCAAUCCUAUCAUGUGUUUGCUGUGUGACGGUGAUUUUUAUUACUGUUGUUGCAGUCGGUGUCGGCGUCGGAGUUGGACUUCGCCGUGAAGGUGAUGAUACAAGUAGUACCACUGUUGUGUCAACUGUCAUGACAACAAUAUCUACUACUGUACGAACUUCUACAACUGCAAUGAUACAUUUAGUUGUGAAGAAGAUAUUAUAA